UGAACCAAUAGGAGGGCACGCUAACGACCACGUGAUCACGCCAACGAAAUCAUACCAGGAAGCGCUGCAGAUGGAGAACUCAUGCAACAACAUAAAGUCGGCGAUACGUUAAUAUAACCAUUAUUACAUUAUUUGCCCCCAUAGACUUUAACGUUGCAACCCUAACCAGUUGCUUUUGUUCCAAACUGUAUUUGUUAGCAUGAUUUUUUUUUUUUUUUUUUUGAAUAAUCUUACCUGCCAGCACCGCGGUUGACAUUUGUAUAUUGAACUCAUUGUAAGAGGCAAAAACUCAUCUACUAUUAGCAUAAAAACUCAGACCUUUUUUAUUGUUCCUGUUUUAAAUAUCUAGAGUUUGAAAAUGAAGACCGCUGAAGAGGCAUGUUGUAUUGUCACGGUAUCCGAGACGCCCCUCAACCUCACAUCUGGAUCUCAGAAUCGAGCAAUAAGCUGUAGUGGAGUAUUUCUAAAUUACCAGUCUGGAAUUGUUGUCUGUAGUGGCAUUAUGUUUUCACGCUUUAUAAAUGAUAGACGGUCCAUGGAGAAAGACACGAAGAUAUUGCAUUCUGGAAGUUUAACUAAAGAGACAAAAAUGUAUGUAGACUACAAUCACUUUUGCGCCAAGCAAUCGUGUGUACUGGAAAGACGCAACACGAGCCGUCAAGAAGCUCAAUUGUUAAUGAUGAUCAAUUGCGUGGAGUUUCAAGAAGCAUUUGACAAAAUCUUCAAGGGGGCCGAAAAUUGGGGCUUUUAUAGUGGUAGUUUGGAUACUGAACUCCUGGAAGACUCCAGGUUUUUAACAUGGUUUGCACUCCUAAAAGUGCCCAUUUCGUCCACGUGCACCUGUAAAGAAACUAUUCCAUGGGUGAAGAGUGGCACUCUUAAAAAGGGAUGUCAUGUUAUUGCAUGUGGGUCUCCAUUUGGUGGUCUCUGUCCUGACCUCUUUAUGAACUCAAUUAGUAAAGGUAUAGUUAGCAAUCUGGCAGGAGAUGGGAAUGCACUGAUCCUGACCGAUGCCCGCUGCUUGCCUGGCACCGAAGGAGGAGGCGUGUUUAUUAGCAAAGGAGGCAGAUCUUACCUCAUGGGUUUGAUCGUUUCACCACUGUGCUGGAAAUCUGAUGAAUGGAUUGGACUGACACUUGUGUGCUCUGUUCACCUCAUUCUGAAAAACAUGAUACAGGCUGGAGCCAUACAGGAGUCGAUGAUAGAAAAGUCAUCACAGUUAAUAACUGGCUCUAUUCAAGCUCCAUUAACUGCAGCCCGACCCUCAGGUUCUGAAUUUUACCCCAGAGUGGCACUGAUUGAGACCGGCCUGCUGUGGGGUUCUGGUGUGCUACUAAAUCACAACCUGGCUCUGACCUGCAGGCAUGUGGUGAAUGAAAAGUCUGUUCUUACAGUCAAAGUCAACUUUGGAGGAAGAUUUCAUGCAGUAAGUGGUAAGGUGCUGUAUUCAUCAGCACCAUCAUCUCCAUAUGAUAUCGCUGUAGUGGAGCUUCAGGAAUCCCUCACAGACUCAAUAAAACCGCAGUUUACCACAUACUUUCACCCAGGUGAGGAUGUAGUUGUCGUGGGUUAUGGAGCUUUAGGGAGCCGCUGUGGCCCCUCGUUGACCUCGGGGAUCUUAUCCAGAGUCAUCAGCCAUCAGUCUCAGCCUGUGAUGCUACAGACUACAUGUGCAGUGCAGUCUGGAGCCAGUGGUGGCGCUGUGGUUCGUUCUGCCACUGGGGAAUUGUUAGGUAUCGUGUCCAGCAACACAAGAGACUUCACAGCAGAAGUGACUUAUCCCCACCUGAACUUCAGCAUCCCAGUGACCAUUCUGGAACCUCUGCUGAGACGUUUUGAUCAAACUGCAGAUGCUGCUGUGUUUAAGGUCUUGGACAGUGCAGAGGAUGAAGUCAGAAAGAUAUGGAGACUACAGAGCAUUCAAAGCAAGCUUUGAUCAGUCUGAUUUUUGCAAAUGUAUAAGAUGCUUGAAAAACACUAGUAAAAUUAACCUUUGUGUGUUGUAAGGUUGCUGAAAACAGGGAAAUGUUGAUAAUAUGACAUAUAAAUGUGAUAAAAUGACACCUGUGUAUUGACAUAAAAAAGGUGUAUUAGAUUCUUAUUUGACUUUUUAAUAUAAAACAAUUAAAUUUGAUUGAUUUCUUUAAAAUUACA